GGGUUCCUAAUUUAAAAGGCCCUCUUUCUCUUUCUCUCUCUCUCUUUCUCUCUCUCCAAGCACAUUGUUUUCCAAACAUCUUCCUCCACCACCUACCCACGCACCCUACCCACCCCGCAGGGUGAUUCCUCUACAAAAUCAAUUAUAGCUCAUACGUACGCAUAAUUUCUAUACACACACAAAUAUAUAUCUAUAUAUAUUUGUCCUGUGUAUGGUUUGAAAACCCUAGAUCCACUCUCCUAAAUUCUUCUUAUAGGAUCUGUUUGUUAAUUAGGGUUUUGUUGGUACCAAACAUGGUGGGCCCUACGCCGCCGAAGCAAAUUCAGCCGCCAUCUUCUUCUACGGCAGCGGCGGCAUCAGCUGAAGAAGAAGCUAUGAAGAGAAACACUGAUUGUGUUUACUUUCUUGCUUCUCCUCUUACAUGUAAAAAGGGAAACGAGUGUGAGUACCGCCAUAGUGACACCGCUCGGCUUAAUCCUCGAGAUUGCCAUUACUGGUUGAACGGAAACUGUUUAAAUCCAAAAUGCGCAUUCCGACACCCUCCUCUUGAUGGACUUUUGGGAUCUCAAGUUUCAACUCCUACAGGUUCUUCCGUACCCCCUGUGGCAUUUGUUGCACCUACAUUGAAUGUUUCAUAUGGUUCUAGUAAGCAAGGUAUACCGUGCCUGUUCUUCCUGCAAAGCUCCUGUUUAAAAGGUGAUAGGUGUCCGUACUUCCAUGCACCGAUGUCUGUAUCUAACAAAGCUCCUCCACAUCCUGCAUCUGCUGAGAAAACCAAUUUUAAGGCAUUUGGUGGGCUUGAAAAGUGUGUGCAAGAAAGGGCUUCUUUUCAAGCAAAUACUUGGAAGUCUGGUGAAGUACCUGUACAAACACAACCAGUUGGGAAGCUGAAAACUCCUUUAUCCAAGAAUAAUGCCGCCUUUGAUGAGAAUGUGCUGCCACCGAAUCUCGUCAUUGAUGUUGCGCAUCGCAGGCACAAACCAAAAAGUGUGCCUCCUACAAAUGGGAAUCCUGUCGGUAGGUCCAACAAAGUGCAUCAGUCUGCCAGGUUUGAUGAUCGCAGCAGCAUUCGGAACAAAGAUGAUGAGAUUUCAAGGGAGCUUUCGCCUGGUUUUGAUGUUCUUGUGGAUGAUGAGCUCAGAGGUACUGAUUUUUAUCACGGUGAAGGUCAAUAUGGCAGAAAGGGGGGAAGGAAUGAAUACGAUAUUGGCUGCUCUGCUGAUUUUACUUCAGCAGCAGAUGGUGACCAAGUUAUGUACCAUGGCUACGGGCAGGACUCUCUCGACAGGCUUCCCAGUCUCUCAGGUAGGGUGCAGCAUAGAGCUUCUUCUGAGAGAGUACAAGGGGAAUCUACUCAUCUUGAAAGGAGACUCUACGGUAGAGCUCACAGCCCUGAAGAAGUUCGUGAGUCAGAUUUGAGGCAUCGUUUAUCAAAGCAUAAGAGGGUUAAUGGUUUGAGGUCAGUCAUUAGUCAUGACUAUGCAAGUGAAAAGCAUGCUGAGGAUCGAGGCUACCAGAAUUCUAGGAGGGAUCGACCCUAUCUACCUUCACAUGAUAGUUUCCUUGCUAGUCGCCUUCGAGGAAGAAUAAAGCUUCCAAGUAGAUCACCCUCUCCAUCUAAUGGGACAGACAUGCGGCUGGAUCGGGCUAGGGACCAUGGCAGGUUAUCUUCAGAAAGACCACAGCUUUUCUCUCAACAGGGAAGGCUUCGUGAUAGAAUAAAGGGAAGAGUGCAAGAGGAUCUCAAUGAUACUGGAAGAAAUAACAGUGGUCCACGUAUAAGAAGAGAUGUAAGCGAGGAUGGUUCUAAUUUUUCUGGUCCGAGAAGUCUUGCUGAACUUAAAGGUCGGAAAACUGCUGAGACCAAUGAACAAAAUAUCGACGAGCAACAGGCCCUAGGGAAGCGCAAGUUCCAAAACCGUGAUGGCCAUCAGCAAACAGGAGGGGAUAAUCUAUCAUUUGACGGACCAAUGCCUCUGGAAGAGAUCUUGAAGAGAAAAAGAGGCAGUAAAACAAGAGUGACAUCUGAUAAGAGUGAAGACUAUCAACAAAAAAGAAAGGACCACUCUGUGCCUGUGGCGACUUCCUCUACCCCCAUGAACAAUACUGACCUUGGGCAAAAGGAAGAAUCUGAUCCUCCAUCAGGGGUAUCACCUGAUCAUCAAUCUCCUGCACACCAUGGCGCAAAUGAGCUUGAAGCUGAAGAAGGGAUGAUUGGGGAAGAAGCAUAUGAUCAAGACCCUGACGCUGCCCAUGAUCAGAGAGAUGGCAACUAUGAUUAUGAACAAGUUGAUGGUGAAGAUUACAAUUAUGAUGAAGGUGAGAAUGCCGACGCUGGUGAGGAGGAAUACCUGGAUGAAGAUGAAGAUGAAGAUGAUGAUGCAGAUGACUUUGCUAAGAAGAUGGGCGUUGUUUUGUCAUAAAUGACGGGAUACAUCAAUUGCUCUAAGAUACUUUAGAUUGGCUCGGAAUGAGCAAAUUCAACUGCUCUGCUGAUUUUAUAUUUUAGAAGUAGAGAGAAGUCUUUUUUCUUUGUUGUAUUUAUUCUUGGGAGACUCGAUAGAAAAAUUUCCACCCGGUUAGUUGCACUUGGCAGAUCUAUAGUUUUGCCAAAAAUGGUGUUGGAUGUAACAUUAGAGGGUUAAUAAGAAACUUGUUUGCUUGCAUUGUUGCAAA